UUCAAAGUUCAAUUAUUAACUCUUAUUCGUUUUAAUAAUCUUCCAUCAUUACACUUUAAAUAGUCCAUUGGAUAUUAUCAAACUUAUUAUAAUUUCAAUUAUGUUUAACCGACAAUUUCAAUUCAGAAUUAUCUUAAUUUUCCUUAUUGUUAUCUGUUUAUCUUAUAUUAAAGGAUUUACUAUUCAUAAUGAAUAUCUUCAAAAUGAAAAGUCAUUGGAUCUAUGUGGUCGUUGCAAAAAGACAAUUGGUAAUAUAAUAAAUGAUUUAUCAAAUUUUGAUUUUCAAUUGAAAUGGGAAAUAAAACUUGUCAAUGGAUGUAAAUAUACUGGCCCGCUUCGUGAUAAUUGUGCAUCAUUAUUCAGUUCAACAAUCAUUAAAAUUAUCAACAAAUUUAUAGGAAAUAUAAAGGCUGACAAAGUUUGUGAGGAUAUAUUUGCAUGUUCUAUAUAAGUAUCGUCAUGGUACAAUCAAUUAAAUCAGUUCUUUUUAUAUCGACAACUUUUAGCCAUUUGGAUGUUUUCUUUCAACAAAGUUUACUACUGAAAUAUACAUAAAGUAGUAUAAAGUUAUGUGACUAGAAUAUAUGAUACAUAUCAGUAAAAAAAGUAUUUGAAUGUAAA